GUCCAAAGGUCCACAGGUUCUCCUUUUCAGGUCAUGUAAUAAAUGCUAAUCUUCAGAACUAUGAGCCAUGUACAAGACUACCGAGCACCAGACAAUGUCCAGCAGGCAUAGCUCCCAUCAGGCCCAAGGUUUGGAGAGUGUGGCACCCCUGGUGAAGUCUGCGGAAGAAUGCCCUGAUCCCAUUCCCACCACCAUCAAGGGAACUAUCCCGUUAUGGAUCAAUGGGAGCUUCCUGAGGAAUGGCCCAGGAAAGUUUGAAUUUGGACAGGACAGAUACACCCACUGGUUUGACGGCAUGGCCAUGAUGCACAGAUUUCACAUUUGUGAGGGAAAUGUCACAUACAGUAGCCGCUUCCUGCGAAGUGACUCGUAUGUGAACAACUCAGAAAAGAACCGCAUUGUAGUGUCAGAGUUCGGAACGGCGGCCAUGCCUGAUCCUUGCAAGAACAUCUUCGCUAGAUUCUUCUCACGUUUUCAGAUCCCAAAGGCUACAGACAACGCCAGUGUGAACUUUGUGAAGUACAAGGGAGACUAUUAUGUGAGCACAGAAACCAACUACAUGAGACGAAUAGAUCCUCAAACUUUGGACACAAAAGAGAAGAUGGACUGGAGCCAGUACAUUGCUGUCAACUCAGCCACAGCUCACCCACACUAUGACCGCCAAGGGGCCACAUACAACAUGGGCAACUCGCAUGGAAAAGGAGGUUUCUUCUACAACAUCAUCCGUGUGCCCCCACCUGAGGAGACGGGGGCGAAUGAGGAUUGCGCAAACCUGAAUGGAGCCAAAGUGAUCUGCUCCAUCCGGGCAUGUGAACCCAGAAAACCUUCCUACUAUCACAGCUUCGUCAUGUCAGAAAACUACAUUGUGUUUGUGGAGCAGCCCAUCAAGUUGGAUCUGUUCAAGCUCAUGCUGCAUCACAUCCAAGGAAAAAGCCUUCAUAAGGUCCUGACCUGGGAGCCCAAGUAUGAUACCAUUUUUCAUCUGGUCAACCUACACACUGGAAAAGAGAGUGAGGUGAGGUACCGGGCAGCUCCCAUGUUCACACUGCAUCAGAUAAACGCCUUUGAGGACAAUGGCUUCCUUGUUAUGGACAUGUGCUGCGGGGAUGAUGGCGAGGUCAUCGGAGACUUCACCUUGGAGAACAUCCGCAGAAGUUCAGGAGAGGAAAUGGACAAGUUUUAUAAUUCUCUGUGUAAAAACCUGCCAAGGAGAUACGUCCUCCCUCUGAAUGUGGACAAACAAACCCCUCUGGACCAGAACCUUGUGACCCUGCCAAACUAUAAAGCCACCGCCACGAGGACACAUUGUGGAGAGGUUUUCAUGACCCACGAGGAGCUUCAUGACGAAGAGCUGCUGCAGUACGGUGGCCUGGAGUUCCCUCAGAUCAACUAUGAGCGCUGCAAUGGUCGGCCAUACCGCUACUUCUACUCCUGUGGCUUUGGACACGUCUUCAGUGACUCCCUGCUCAAAAUGGACGUGCACACCAAAGAGUUGAAGGUGUGGCGGUAUCCUGGCUUGUUCCCGUCUGAGCCUGUCUUUGUCAGUUCGCCUGAGGCUACAGAGGAAGAUGAUGGUGUUGUGUUGUCAGUCAUUAUCACACCCCGAGAAGACAAAAGUACAUUCCUUCUCAUUCUGGAUGCUAAGACCUUCACUGAGCUCGGCAGAGCAGAGGUCCCUGUCAAUAUCCCAUAUGGUACUCAUGGCAUAUUUAAUAAUAUGGCUUAGAUUUUCUGCUGUUGAACAAACAACUGACUCAACCACCAACAAGGACCUUUAUUCGCAGAAAGGGACAUCUCAGUUAAUGAAAAGUUUAAAAAAAAAUAGAGAAGAAAUAAGAAAUAUUCCACUGACGGGAAUAAAUGCAUGUGAGUAAUACCUUUCAAUAUGAUACAUGAGGACAGAGAUUUGAAGGACAAAUGAUAUAAUUCAAAAUAACACAAAGAAAUGUCAGCAGAAGACAAUAAAAUGAAAAUUUUCCCUCUUUUUUGUUAAAAAUGGAAGUGUUUUUUGGCAUCAUUAUGCCACUUGAAACGCAACACUCCCAGUGCGAACAGAGCAGCACUUAGGAGGCAUGAAAAUGCAUCAGAGCAAAUUCAAUUUCUGUCAAAGUAAUGUGAUAGAAAUGGACAACGUCUGAAAAUGCCUUGAAAACAAAUGGAUCCGACUGGUCGAUAGCCUCCUGAGAGUCUGCCAGAGGUCACGUCGCAAAUUUGGCGCUGUUGAAAUGAGCAAAACAACGUUGACAUUCACUUAAACGCCGACAUGUCGGACCCGAUGAGGGGAACAAGAGCACUUUGAUGUUGCAAUAACAGCCCAAACAAAAACCCAACCGUAAUAAGGAAUGUCCGAGGUGAGUUCUGGUCAAGAAUAUGAAGUAGCCUGUGGCUGCACCUGUCACUCCAGCUUCCUCACCAGUGGCUGGAGCCAUAUCUACAAUGGCUGGCUGCCUUCACCCUUGCAUUGAUUUUAAUAGGCUGAUGUCACCUGACCUCGGGCACUGAACCUGGCACGGCCUCUAAGAAUGCCAUAUGACUAUUGAUAUUUUGUUUUCACAAUUAGAAUUGUAGUCAGCAAAAUAGCAUGGAAGCAAUUCACCCACCGUCAUCUACAAAAUGGAAGUGCUCUCCCACUGUGAUUACAAAUGGUACAAUCCAUGAACCAGGAAGUUGUAUGCUAACCAAUAUGAACAAACCAACUUUAUUUUCACUUUUGUGAUGGUUUGUAAGAGGUCUGAACUAGUGCCGUUAGAGUUGAUUUUUUUCUUCUUUCUUUCUUUUCUUAAUUUAUUUCAGACAUGCAUACUAUGAUACAUUAUUCUUUCUCACAUAUACACUUACAAUACAAUACACUGACAAUAUCUAUUUAUAUAUAUACAUAUAUAUAUACACAUAUACAUACACACAUAUAUACAUACACACAUAUCUACAUACAUAUAUAUAUAUAUAUAUAUAUACACACAUACAUACACACAUACAACACCUCAUUACUACACAUGUCUGAAAAGGAGCAGGAAGAAGCAAAGCUAAUUAAAUCCUACCCCUUCUCCACGCCAUAGCAGUUACCAAUUCAAUAAGUGAUUUUUUCCACACACAUAAUCACAGAGGCACGGCGGGCGAGUGGUUAGCGCGCAGACCUCACAGCUAGGAGACCAGGGUUCAAUUCCACCCUCGGUCAUCUUUGUGUGGAGUUUGCAUGUUCUCCCCGUGCAUCCCGGGUACUCCGGUUUCCUCCCACAUUCC